AUGUUUUUUUUUAUUAAUGUUGUUAGACUUUCAAACUGCAGUAUCACUGAAGAAGGUUAUAAAGCUCUGGCUUCAGCUCUGAGAUCAAACCCUUCACACCUGAUAGAGCUGGAUCUCAGAGGAAAUGAUCCUGGACAAUCAGGAGUGAAGGAGCUCAAUGACUUAAUACAGGAUGAUUCCUGUAAAUUAAAGAUCAUCAGGUUUCUAAAAAGUCCUGCUGCACAGGAAGCAUGUGAUUAUCUCAUUAAAGUUCAAGGUACAAGUCCAUUAGUACUGAAAGAACUGGAUCUGAGUGAAGAUAAAAUUGGAGAUCUGGAUUGGGAGAAACUCUCUGCUCUUUUGAUAGACUCUCAUAGCAAACUGGAGAAAAUUAAGGUGAGUAGUUGUAAGCAAACAGAGAAAAGCUGUUCAGUUCUAGCUACUGUUCUCUCCUCCAAAACCACCCUGAAAGAGAUAAACCUGAACAACAGCUAUCUGCUGGACUCAGGAAUCAAAGAGAUCUGUGAGGGACUGAAGAAUCCUGUGUGUGAGCUGAAGAUACUCAAACUUUCAGACUGCAAUCUUUACAUCUGCAGGUUUUUGGGUCCUGCUGCUAAUAAAGCCUUUCAGUAUGUGACUGGAAUUGUGGGAUAA